AUCUACAGCCAUGGGGGAAGAAAGUGCUUUGGAAUACAAGAACAUGGAAUUAGAGGAGGGGAGAUCACAAUGGUGCAGAGAAAACACGUCUUUCAAGAAUAUAAAGUCUACUCGCAGUCGUUGUUGGCACUCAAAUGUGUGUUCCAUCAUCUGUGUUACCCUACCACUGUUUCUGAUUCUUGUGAUCAUGCUGUCUAUCAAAACUAAUCAACAGGAUAGCAUGCUGAGAGAGCUGGAGACUAAGGCAGACAUCAUGACUUCUUCUUUACAUACACUCCAAUCCAAUCUACAACAAACAGAACCUCAUAGCCAGCAACCUGACUACAGAGAGCUGACAGAAGUCAAAAGUGCAGUGACGAAUCUAGGUGCUUCUAUAACCUCACUGUCAUCUAAAUUACAUGCUGAAAAAGAAGGUAGCAGGAUGACUGUGCUGGAACAGUCUGUCAUCAAUCUCACACAUUCUGUGAAUGCACUUUCAUCUGGCCUUCAGAACACAGUCAGCCGACAUGACCUAAAGUUGAAAGGGCUUGAAACGACAAUAAUCAACAUGUCAUCCUCUUUGAACACAAUUAUAUCAAGGCUUCAGCAAACAGAGGGCAGGGCGAUCGCUGUGGAACGUUCCAUCACCAAUCUCACGGUUUCAAUGAAUGCACUUUCAUCAGGCCUGCAGGACACAGCUGGCCAACAGGGAGCAAAGAUGCAAGAGCUGGAAACUGCAGUGAACAACAUGUCAUCCACUUUAGACUCCGUUGCAUCCAAAAUGCAGGAAACUGUUGGUCAACAAGAAGGAAGGUUGAUGAAUCUGGAGACUAAAGCAGAUAAUAUGGCUUCAUCUCUAAAUUCACUGUCAUCUAAACUACAGCAAACAGAUGAGAAACUAUUGACCGCGUUGACAAAUCUGACUGCUGAGAUCAUGAGUAUCAAGCACAGCAAAGAUAAGAUAACAUAUAGUUGUACAGAAAAUUGGAGUCUUCAUGCAACCAGUUGCUACCUUUUCUCUUCGAACAAGCUGCCAUGGCGUAAGGCUAGAGACUACUGCAAGACACAAAGAGCCACACUGCUAAUAAUUAACAAUCAAGAUGAAUGGCAAUUCAUCACCAAAAAUCCCGUGCCUUUAUACUGGAUUGGCCUCACAGAUGAACUCAAUGGGGAAUGGAGAUGGGUGGAUGGAACUCCUUACGUGAUGGACAAAAGUCAGUGGGAUGCAGGCCAGCCUGAUGAUUGGAAGGAUCAUGGGCUAGGAGGAGGAGAGGACUGUGGUAACUUCUCCAUCAAUAACAGGCUGAACGAUGACCACUGUACUCGAGAGUACAAAUACAUCUGUGAACGAACAGCCACUGCUGACUGAACCUACAGCACAUUAGACCAAUGCGAGCAGCUUUUUUAAAAGGCUAUGAAGUUUUUUUCUCUGGCUUAUGGUUGUCCCUCGUCUUUAUAAUGCAAUUCUAUUUUUCCUUUCUUUUCUCCAUUCUUUUCCUAUGUAGAGUUUAACUUUGUCUUUGGAAGUGUACCCAUUUAUUUCUUUUUUAUAUAUAAUUCAUACUGUUGGUUCUGCUUGUUUGUCAGUAAAGCACUUUGUGCUCUGUGCUUGAAAAGGCCUUAUAUUUAAAAUAUAUCCAACAUUUCCUUGUAACAGCAACUGGCCUGAUCACAUGGCCUCUAGUAAUAGAACAAGUAAUAAAUGUUUUCUACAAGUGUAAACCUGUUAAACAUAGAAUUAUCUUACUACACUUGUCUGUCUGGGGCGCUGAGGGGGGUGGUCAUACAAGGUAGGACCGCCACUGAGAAUAGGGAUUAUUUAGGAAUACCAUUGUGAAACCAACUCAUUAAAGCUUAGUAAAGAGUCAUCACCAUUUCACCAAGUCUCCAAUGACCCAUAUACCCUUCUCUGCCCAUAAACCUUGAGUGAAAGGCUUGACAUGGGGCCUUUGAAAGGUUUGUCCUGCUACACUUGCUACAAUUUUUCCUACAAAACAAUGAGGUUAAAAAGCUAGUGAACUGACUGUUUGAACAAGACGAGAAAAUAAAAUCAGGCCAUUUUAAAAAGAAGUCAACAUCAGGGGCAUCCAGGUCACUGAACUCAAUGAUGUUGCGGGGAUCCCCACAACUCCCAAUUCAUUUGCUGUUGUGAAAAAGCUGUUUUUGAACAAGCUGAUUACUGACUACAAAGAAAAUGUAUUACAGUAUUGUGUGUGUGCAAAUUAUUUGACUAUUUUUGUUUUCAAUAUUGUUCACAUGUUUACUGUGUAUUUCAGCUUCUCUCUAUAGAUGACAUUCACUCUUGUAUGAAAAUAUACA